CUGGCAGUCUUCUCGGCGACUCUCUUUUGAUCCGUUGACGGGACGUCCACGAAUUAGAAUGUGAACCCCCAGAAUCCUACGAACGGUGCACAGUGAGAAUCUAGUCAGUAGAGUAACCACGAAUCUGAGUACUCUAGUCAGGGAGAGUCCUCGUGACCACCGAGGACUGGUAGUUGCGGGUAGGCAGAAUUUUUUGGACACCUUAAAUUUCGGUUCACGAUGUUGCUUUCAAACUUUCUGUACCGCGCGAUGGACACCUGUACAGGAUUGCAUGAAUUCCUGGAGCCGUUUGAAAAUGUGGCGCAGUGCAUUUUGUAAAAGAGUGCAACGUUUCCACAAGAUGGGCCUCUACGUUGAAUAUCGUUUUGUGGGCUUUGGCCUAGCGACGAUAGUGGCAUUACUGUUGAUCGGAUCCUAUUACACCGUGAUGUCAGCUGGAGCGUCAGAAAGCCUGUCUUGGUCGAACUCGACUAACGAGCCUCCACCUAUUCCACCAAGAUCCACCGCAGAGGACGAGGUCCUCUCGUCAAUGACAAUAUUUUUUGUCCUGACCGUGAUAGCCGUCUGCAUCUUGUCUAUACAUUUCCUAAUCCAACUGGAUUUCCGAUUCCUCCCGGAGUCGGUCGCUGUCGUGCUCAUCGGAGCAAGUAUCGGUCUAGUCCUGAAACUCAUCUCUCCCGGAGGAUGGCAACAGGAGGAAGCUUUUUCUCCAACGACGUUCUUCCUAGUACUCCUCCCGCCGAUCAUUUACGAGUCCGGUUAUAAUCUCCACAAGGGAAAUUUCUUCCACAACAUCGGGAGUAUUCUCAUCUUUGCAAUCUUCGGAACGGCCGUCUCCGCAUUGGUCAUCGGAACGGGUGUCUACUUGCUGGGACUCGCUGAUCUGGUCUACUCGUUGAAUUUCGCCGAGAGCAUGGCUUUCGGGGCUUUGAUAUCAGCUGUAGAUCCGGUGGCCACCCUGGCCAUCUUCGCAGCUCUGGAUGUCGAUCAAGUUCUCAACAUGCUGGUCUUCGGGGAAUCGAUUCUGAAUGACGCAGUGUCGAUCGUUCUGGCCACCACGGUUCUCGAGGCGGGUUCACCCCACAUGUUGAACAUGACAACUGGCGAGGUUGCGCUAUAUGUUGUGCGACGAUUUCUAGUCGUUUUCUUCGGGUCUGCGGGUAUCGGGGUCCUCUUCGCUCUCGCCGCGGCCCUGCUGUUGAAGUACGUCGAUCUUCGGCGACAUCCAUCGAUUGAAUUUGGCAUAAUGCUCGUCUUCAUAUACGCGCCCUACGGUCUCGCGGAAGGCAUACACCUAUCGGGGAUCAUGGCGAUUCUGUUCAAUGGGGUGGUGAUGUCCCAUUACACACAUUUCAACCUAUCGUCUGUGACUCAGAUAACCAUGCAACAAACCUUGAGAACCUUAUCGCUGAUGGCUGAGACCUCUAUUUUCGCCUACUUGGGUCUAGCGAUCUUCAGCUACAGACUCAGUUUUCAACCAGCGCUCAUCAUAGCGAGUCUCGGAUUAUGUCUCGCGGGACGAGCAGCGAAUAUAUAUCCUCUGUCCGAGCUCAUGAAUCAUUUCCGAGAACACAGAAUCACGAAAAAGAUGCAGUUCAUUAUGUGGUUCUCGGGUCUACGAGGUGCGGUGGCCUACGCGUUGGCAAUGCAUCUCAAUUUCCACGAUGAGAAACGACACGUGAUCGUGACGACCACGUUGAUCAUUGUCCUGCUCACAAUCGUCGUGAUAGGCGGAUCUACCAUGCCCAUGAUGAAAUAUUUAGAAAGGACAGAGCGCCUGGGAGCAAGGGCGAAAAACCGCAAGAUCACCCUCUCCAAAACGAAGGAAAUGGGUCAGGCUAUCGAUGCGGAACACUUAUCCGAAUUGACGGAGGAAGAGCUCGAAGUCGGUUUCCGAGCCGCCAGUGUAGCUCGUCUCCGGGGUUUCGCGCGGAUCGACGUAAAAUAUUUGAUGCCGAUUUUCACACGACGAUUCACGCCUCAGGAUGUCUACGAUGGAACAAAGCAGAUGUCGGCUCUGACGGAUCAGUGGUAUCGCACCGUCAGACCGUCGGACACGGAGUCCACGACGGAUGAGCGAUCCACGACGGAGAGUGUUUGACCAUUGACGCACAAAAGGCAAAGACGACGUC